UUCAUGUCAACAGAUUCAUCCUUUUCCUUCAUUGACAUGGACUCAACCAUGGAGCUCAUGCACCAUUUUGAUGAGAUCAAGGAUAAUGUGAGUGAUUAUAGUUUGCCUCCAGUACCAUUUAUCGAUAAUUUAUCGGUAUUAUUUCCGACCGAGAACGAGGAGGACAAGAAAAGGAAAGCCGAGGCUUUACCGGAGACUUUCUCCGGCAACUCUUCCGCUAUCACCGAUGACAAACACAAGGAGAGAAAUUGCUCGGUGAAAAAAAAGAGAAGGAGAAGCAAUUCAAAGGAUGAUGAGAAGCCAAAGGAAGUUGUUCAUGUGAGAGCUAAGAGAGGCCAAGCCACUGACAGCCAUAGUUUAGCUGAAAGAGUGAGGAGAGAGAAGAUAAAUGAAAGGAUGAGAUGUUUACAAGACCUUGUUCCUGGUUGCUAUAAGGCAAUGGGAAUGGCAGUAAUGCUUGAUGAGAUUAUAAACUAUGUUCAAUCACUCCAAAAUCAAGUUGAGUUUCUCUCAAUGAAGCUCUCUGCAGCAAGCUCUUUCUAUGACUUUAAUUUAGACAUUGAAGCCAUGGCAACACAACAGGUAAAUGAUGCAUAUGAAGCUCAAGAAGGUCAUGGGGGAUGUACUACAAGCUUUCCUUUCAUUCAGCAUUGGCCUUUUUGACUCAAAAGGACCACAUGCUUUUGCUCUUUUUCCCAUGCUUCUAGACACAUGUGUGCUUCUUGUUCUUGUGUUGGCCUUCCUACCUUCAUGCAUAAAAUAAAUGCAUUCUAUUGUUUCCAAUGAUAUUAAAUUUCUGCAGAAAAAAAAAUAUAUCCAAUCCAUACAGCUGUAUGUUUCCAGCAAUGAAUUUUGAUUUUGAUUUUGAUUCA